AAACGCGCGUGUGAAAGCUUUCGUGUCAUCGAAAAGCUUUCGCUCGCAACACUUCCCCGAACCGGACGACGAGCAGUGAGAAAGAAGUCUUCGUUCUUGAGAAACGAUCCGGCAUUUUACUUUUCUUCCAGCCUGCGACAGAGCCAAUCCGCAAUCAAAUAAUCAGAAUGGGUGUUCAGGUCGUUACGCUAGCCGCCGGAGACGAGGCAACAUACCCCAAGGCUGGCCAGGUCGCCGUCGUGCACUACACCGGAACGCUGGCCGAUGGAAAAGUGUUCGAUUCGUCCCGGACCCGUGGCAAGCCGUUCCGGUUCACCGUUGGCCGCGGAGAGGUCAUUCGCGGAUGGGAUGAAGGUGUUGCCCAGAUGUCUGUUGGACAACGUGCCAAGUUGGUCUGCUCGCCGGACUACGCUUACGGCAGCCGUGGCCACCCAGGAGUCAUCCCACCAAAUGCCACCCUCACCUUCGACGUUGAACUGUUGAGGGUUGAAUAAGCGCUGGAAUGAGACAUGAAGCGCCCAACAAUAGCCAAUACAGCAAUGAAUAAAUUAAACCGGCAACAAGAAACAUCCAACCACGACGAACAACAACAAAACAGCUAUAAAACCAACACAAACAGGAAACAAAGAAGCAAUCCUAGAAUCCGGGUCUGAUUAGAAAAAAAUCAGUCCUUUAAAUGUAGUUAUGCGCGAUAGCUAACCAACAAUCUCUAUAAUCAACGAUCGAUAAUCAAAUCGUAUUGAAGAAAAACGAGGUCAUUCGAGGUUUUGAGUUACACACUCUUUCAGGUUAGUCUACUAUCUAAAUAAGGCAAAACAAAUUAGCAAAUGGUGCAUUUACAUGUAGCAGUCUCUACUUUCAAGCUAAUCUUUGUAGCCCCUCGAGAGAAGAACACAACUUUCCACAUUAAUCUGAAAACUGCACUAAAACUAACUGGCAGUGUCUCACUCUGCAGAAUCAAUUGAACCAGAACUCUUAUACAUUUUACACAAAUACUAGUUGGUAGUCGGUAACAUACACUUCUUGCUCCGGUAGCAAUUUCCGAAAAAAAAAACUUCGGUAAGGAAAACUAUUUAAAAUUAUUGUAAAAGCCAAAACAUUCAAUUAAACUAUGGGCUGUUUCGUGCAGUCACCUAUUAGCAUUUAACUAACACGUGAUUUCGAUUACGAUUUAACGUACAUAUAAGUUACAUGAGAAUAUAAUUUGCGAACUCCUGUACACUUGUACCUGUACACGUUUUAGGGUGUCACCAUGUAUCUCUUGCUCGCCACUGACUAGGGGAUCCGGUAUUUGGGCACUAUCUACUACAUGUCUGAGAUCAGCCAAGCUCAAUUCUUGAUUCUCCACUCCUAGAAUCGAUGCCACGGUAACCCCAUCCAGUGCUAAGGUCGUUGGGUCUGUUUCAGCAUCAUGUGCUCCGGUAGCUCCUGCACAGGUUUCCAUCUUAAAAUCUUCACCUAUGAGGUCGACAGAUCGGGUCGUGGUGAAUUGAGCAGUUGCUUCCAUUCGGCUAGAUGUUAUGAUAUUUCCGCUAGAUGGUGGAGCUGUCAAUCGGCUAGCAAAUCUAGAUUUAAAUCUGUGCAGCGAUUGAAUGAUAUUUAGUAUCGGAUUCCGCGGAAAACCUUUUCUCAAUUGAUCAAAAGGGAGAUUUUUUAAUUCUGCGAUACUGGAUGAGGUAUGUGGGUAUGAAGAUGUUGAACUGCGGACUCGAGCUGUAUCGAUAACAUAACCGUUUUUUACCUGGAGAAGGAUAUUGAGAAUUCAAUAGACAUCAACAUAAAUUACUCCGACACUGCACAGGGGUUCACAAGCUAUAUUCUCACGUAACAACAGUAUAUAUGUUUAAAGGAACUGGCAGAAUUCAAAUCAACUUUAACAGCGGCAUUUAAACGUUAGCAGGUUAAAACAUCCCACAGAAGAAUCCAUGAUCCACAAAUUAACGAUCCUCCGCAUCAAAGCGUUACAAAUUGACAAACAAAUAUGAAAGCAGACGAAAGUCUCAUCAACAUUCAUACUCUAUCUGAUACCACAAAUAAAACACAUUAAGAUGAACAAA